UUCAUUUUCUCUGUAUAUUAUCCAACUAUAACCCACCAGAGGAAGGACGACAAAAGGAGACUGCAGCAGAUAUGGCAUCAUCACUCCCCAACAUGUUUCUUCCUCUUCUCUUGUUUCUACUCACUAUUUCAUUUGGUGGGACAAAAAUGGUGGACUCGGCAAGAAUUUUUACAAUAAUAAAUGAUUGCAAAGAAACAAUUUGGCCUGCAAUAACACCAGGGGAGAACUUCAACGGUGGAGGAUUUCCACUCACAUCAGGCCAAUCUGUUGUAUUCAACGCACCGGUCGGUUGGAGUGGUCGAAUAUGGGGUCGAACCGGAUGCAACUUCGACAAAACCGGCAAAGGUUCAUGCCAGACCGGUUCAUGUGGCUCGUCCAUAAAGUGCACCGCAUCAGGGUCGACUCCUGUAACACUUGCCGAAUUUACCCUCGCAACUCUCGAUUUUUACGAUGUUAGCCUUGUUGACGGUUUCAAUUUGCCACUGGCCGUUAAACCUAUAAACGGUAGAGGGAAUUGCAGUGUUGCCGGAUGUGAUUCAGAUUUAAGACCACAAUGCCCAUCUGAACUAUCCGUUAAAUCGAAUGGGAAGGUGGUGGGUUGCCGGAGCGCCUGCGAUGUGUUCAGCACCGAUGAGUACUGUUGCAAGGGUAUUUAUGGAAACCCAGCAACAUGCCAACCUACGUAUUACUCCAAGAAGUUCAAGCAGGCAUGCCCUACUGCAUAUAGUUAUGCUUAUGAUGAUCCUACCAGCAUUUUUACUUGCUCCGGCACCGACUACGUCAUCACCUUCUGCUCCCCCAGGAACCAAACAGUCUGCACUUAUCAUAAUAAUAAGCUACAAUGCAGUGGAUCCAACGGCUUAAAAUCAUUGAUGGGGUUAGGAUGGGUUGUGACGCUUGCAUUGAUGGUUCUAAUCAAUAUUGCCUGGACUGUUUUAUAAACUAUAAUAAAGCAGCCAUUUGUGUUUUGGUAGCACUACGUAUCCCUAACAAAUUCAACCAUAAUCAGC